AGCCACACCUUAGGGAAAGCAAACGCAUACGAGGAUAAUGAUCAAGGUUGAGAUUAACGGACAUUUUUUCCUGAAAAAUCGAGAAAUUCUGAUCUAGACAGGAAUCUUUGAGCGACCCACGGUCAAGGAUUGGUGUUCCGAUGCGAGGACUGUGGUCUUUGAGUCGAUCUUCGGUUGACAAGUUUAUGCAUGGUGAAGGUGCCGUUGUGGUUCAAGACAACUGCAAAUAGAACCCGAAGUUUGCGCAGACGUGUAUUAUUGUUGCUCUUCCUUGUUGGAGCUGGAAUUGUUUAUUACGUCUCAAAUCAAGAUCAUGAAAACCAAGACACUCCUCUUAGACAGCGCAUGACGCGUCACGUGUUUACAGUAGAAGAGAUUUUACAGUUCCCGGAUAAUUACCACACUAAAGGUGUGCUAUCACUUCCUUAUGGAGACAUCGUGGAACCUUUUGAGGCCUGGUACUCCAAUUCGAAAAAGAUGAGCAGAAUUGAUUAUUAUAAUGGCAUGGACAGAACAUUUCAGCGCGGAGAUCUGGGUAGGCACGGGUUUGCGUGCAAAAUAGUUCCGGAAUAUUCUGAAGUGAAACAUAAAACGUUCACGGGGUGUAUGCACAGGCGAGGGACAAAGAAAUUUCCAAUAAAAGCUCAAAAUAUUAUACCAGCGCCUUCAUAUUUUAAGUACUCCGGUACCGCUGAAUUAAAUGGUGCAGAGUGUGCAAAAUGGGAACACUCGUUCACAAUUUACGACAAGGUCAACACAUAUACAUUAUACACAACUAAAACCCGUCCAUUAAAACCGCUCCGGUACGAGAUGAUGGGAUAUGAUACGCUACUAGCCUCAUACUAUGACCAUUAUAUCCUCGAUUAUCACGAAUUUGAAGCUUGGAAAUUCAACUAUUCAGUGUUUGAUAUACCAACAGAUCUCCAAUGCUUCGAUUUUUCUCACGAGAAACUGGAGAAGUCGCUUGGUGAGAUCAAUCCUAUAGUGGAAUUCAUGCCUCAUAGUACCUCAGGCUCUCCGUAUACACUGUCCCAUCCGUCAAAUUUUGUCACCACUCCCUCUCGCACCAAGACAGAUCCUUUGCAGUAUCUGCUGGACUCCUUGAACAAAAUGCCGACGGUUAAUAGAGAAAUGUUCGAGCCCACAACAACCACCUCAAGCCUCCAGCAGUCUCUCAAGGACGAGGAGCAGACUCGACCAUCACCGGCUCCCAAGAGUACAGGCGCGUUCAAAAAUGUGGACCAGAAGUCUGGUUAUAAAGAUAUCAUGCGACACUAUGAAGACGUAGUUAAUGCUUUAUUUAAAUCUUUCAAGGCGAGAUAUAAGAAGAAUUAUAUCUCAAAGCGGGAGCACGAGUCGAGGAAAGACAUCUACAGACAUAAUUUGAGGUUUAUCAAGUCCAGAAACCGCCAAAACCUAGGCUAUAGACUCAAGGCAAAUCAUAUGGCCGACAUGACUGAAGAAGAGAUAAGACAAAAGAAAGGAAUAUUGAUGGAAAGCGAACCCGAUGCACUGAAUGGCGGAAAGAGAUUUGAAAUACCGGAGGGUACCAAUGUCAAAACCCUACCUGAUACAGUUGAUUGGGCAAAAUCGGGUGCGGUAAAUCCUGUAAGAAGUCAAGGAAUUUGUGGCUCUUGUUAUGCAUAUUCUGUUACUGGUGCCAUGGAGGGAGCCUACUAUAUUAAGACUGGUACUCUCCUAAACCUGUCUGAACAACAACUUAUAGACUGUUCGUGGGGGUUUGGUAACCGAGGCUGUAAGGGAGGAUAUCCACAUCGAGCGAUGCAGUGGGUCAUCAAACACGGUGGACUGGCUACUGAAGAGAGCUAUGGAAAAUAUUUGGCUCAGGAGGGUUUCUGCCACUUUAAAAAUACGACAACAGGGGCUAAGCUGGAUUUUUACAUGAACAUCACCAAAGGGAAUAAGCACGAGCUGAAGCAGGCCAUUGCCAUUUAUGGUCCUGUCAGUAUCCUUAUCAACACUCAGCCAAAGACUUUUAAAUUCUAUGGAUCAGGAAUUUAUUAUGACCCAGACUGCACUCAUGCAUUGGAUCACGCGGCCUUAGCUGUCGGAUAUGGAGUGGAAAAGGGUGAACCUUAUUGGCUGAUUAAGAAUUCUUGGUCAAAAGCUUGGGGAGAUGAGGGAUAUAUCAAGAUAGCCAUGAAAAACGACAAUUGUGGUGUUCUGCAAAAGGCUGUCGUGGUCAAGAUCAGAGAAGAUUAAACUUGAGGAAUAGGUGUUCAGCAUGAGUCAACAUAGCUAGGGAGGGACUGGUCAUUAUUGUCUCCUAGGGGAGGGGAGAGCGGAGGAUUUUGGUCAUGUCAUGAUAAAAUUUACCUGAUUCCCCUGAAGGUUCUAUACCGUUAUGAUACCCCCUUCCUCAUUGGCAGUUAAGUGGCGAUUCCUCCCCCCUUUCAAAAAAAAAAAAUCUUCCCCCCAGGCGAUAAAAAUAACUUGUUCUCUAGCAAAUGUUAGCACUUAUACUCAAGACUGAUAAUUUUUCAUAUCUCCUUUGAACACAACCGUAAUUUUUUGUUUUUUUGUUUUGAAGCACCUUCCGAAGCCGAGGGUCUCAAUAAGGAGAUGGCUUGAACAGCUAACGGUUAAAACUUUGGCCAUUUUAUGCUUAAUGGCUAACCCAAAUGACACAAAUUGACACAUUGUUGAAUUGAAAAAUUUUUACGGUUAAUUUUUUUUAUGACUAACGAUCAAAAUUUGUCAAAUUUACGCCUGAGCGCUAUUUUUGUUUGGCCGUUUAAGGGCUAAUGGUUAACCCCAGUAAGACCCUCGCAGCUGCUGAGUAGGUAAUAUUUCGGAUCGCUUUCGAAGCGUACUCUACAUUCGAGGACCAGAAAUUUUCCUAUAAGCUGUAUCGAAAGCUCGGUAUAGCUGUAUCGUUAAGUAAAUUGAACGUUUUGCAUUCGUUGAGCGGUUGCAUCGCAGUAGGGCUGUUCGUGGCAUAGUCAUAUUUCAUUCGUAGCUUAGUCGUAUAAAAUUCGUAGCUUAGUCGUACUACAUUCGUACAACAGGGCCGAAUCACCUAAGCUAAGUAGUCUUAUUUUUCUCGACACGUAGUUUAACUAGUUUUGUUACGAAGUCUUACGACAUUCAUUUUAGCUUGAGGUCGCUCUAUAUUCAUAGAAGUCGUCUUACAUUUGUAUUGUUCAAAAUUUCCAAAAUACUCGUAUAACUAGCUUGUAAAGCUUCUCUUUUUUUUUUUUUUUUUUUUUUCAAAAUCUGCUACAUUCGUUAAUGUGGACAAGCUGUUCAGUGCUACAUUGGGAAAUGCACGUUCUGUCUUUUAUUUUCGUUUUCACUUUCAGAUGUGUUUUUUAAAGUAGAUGCCAUAAAGUAAGCUUCAAUAUUAUGAACAUGAACUGUUUAUAAAGCAUAGCUUUUGUAGUCAUUGUUUACUUUUUUUUUUUGUACGCCAUGUAUAUACAGAAACUAACUGACCGCCCGAUUGAGGGGCCUGAAUUAAUUGGGAAUGUACCGUUAAUACACCACUUAUAUGAAGUUAUAAACCUAAAAAUAAAUAUUGAA